CUCGUCUGCCAGAAGAAUUACGUUGUUUGUUUGGGUUAUUCUCAGGGAAAGUCAGAUUGAGAGGGAGAGGGGGCAGCAGCAAUACGUUUUUCGGUUAAGCUGCAGGUAGGAUGAGUGAAAGCAAGGGUAAAAUGGCCAGCUUGUCGAUGCCGGAGCCCCCAGUACAGCGAGCUCUGAUUGAGCCCAUGUUCCAUCGGCCGUACAUGGAGGGCGAUUUCUGGUAUGGCAUAACGUUGGAAUGGAUGCACAGCUGGAAAACGUACGUCGGGAUUCUGUCGAAGAAAGGCAGUCGUCCUGCCGGUCGUCGUGGGGAACGAGAAAAAUCUUCAGACGGACAGGGAGCCAGCGGGGGAAGCGGUGGACCGCCCGGGGGAAUCUUCACAGCCAAACUCCAGCACUCCCACGGUCUCGCCAUGGUCCCCGAAGACGCGUGGAACACUCUUUUCGGCUGGUAUGGACUAGCAGACGGACACCACAUUGAGAAAUGCGCAGUGUAUAACUAUGGAGACAAGGUUGAGAUCGAAGUGAACCACAACCCCUUCAAAGUGAUGUUAUCCAACUCUCUCAAGGACCCUGCCUGCGAGUGUCACAUUAUUCGUUUUAGCAAGGCGGAAAGGGUGGGGCACAUUGAGUGGAAGAUUCGCGAAACUUUUCACGUGAAGCGAAGCGUUCAGACUCGACUGUGGGGCCGACUGGAAGGGGAAGACUGGCAACCAUUGUUUGACAGGGAAAAAACAAUAGGAAAACUAUUAGACAUUGAUUCAGACUUCAUAAAGCCUGAUUUAGCCUUAGAGGUAUCGGACGCAGACAGCAUUUGGAGAGGUCGACCUGCACGUGCUGAAAACACGCAAAUGAACGCUGUGGGACAAUUUUACAAAUUUUCAAUUUUUGAGGACUUGAGUCAAUCGUGGGAGAAAGACGUUCACGAUCAAAUCGAUCUCAUCGGUAGGAACUUGAUUCAGAAAAUGCACCAGAAUUUCAACAAUUUCAUGAACAGAGCGAGAGACAAUCUCACAGAGAGAGAACUAGGCAUUCAAGAUAGCGAGAGGCACUUAGAAGAAAGAGAAAAUGAAAUCGCAGAAAAGAUGAAGUUACUGGAAGAAAGGGAAGUAAAACUCGGGGCUCAAAUAUCGCAGCACAAUCAGAAUGUCGUCGCUUUCAAUAAAGACCGCGAGGUUAUGGUGGCCCAAAUGGAAGAAGAACGACAGGAAUUAAAGAAGAACCGCGACGAGUUUGAAACAGAGAAAAAAGAUUUUCAAGAUGAGUUAAAGAGGAUGUCCCAGCUGCAUCGAAUCCAGGAAUCGCGGGUGAAGCUAGACAUAGGCGGUCAGCAGUUCACGACAGCAUUGCAAACUCUGCAAAAAGAGCCAUACUGCUUCUUCGCACGUAUGUUCAGCGGGCGCCACAGCAUGGAGACCAACGCCGACGGCAGCUAUUUCAUAGACCGAGACGGCACGCACUUUCGUUAUAUUCUCAAUUACCUAAGAGAUGGGGAGGUCAAAGAAGGGACAAUGCCGGACAACGAAAGUUUUUAUAAUGAAUUGCUCAUAGAAGCGGAGCACUACCAAAUAAGGGGGCUUGUGGAGCACCUGAAAAACCUCAUCCGCCAGUGUGGGAAACCAAAACGUCGGGUAUCCCCCGGAGAAUCUCCGCCGGAGAGGUCCUACAGUACGCGUGUGUCUGGAAGAUCCUCCGGGGAUUCUCCACCAGGCAGAUCGUAUAGCCCAAGGAUGCCCGUGAGAUCAACUGGCGACUCUCCUAUCGAGACACCGUACAGCCCGCGGACCUCGGGAAGAUCAUCGUACAGUUCUUACAGCUCCUCAACAGGCACCAGUUCAUUCGGUGUUCGCUAGAUCACUCGGCGACAACAGUCCUUGUGGAUAGAGAACAUGUGCAGAUGCAUAUAACUCUACUAUUUAUGCACUGUAAUGAAUCUGUUUGUCAAUUUAUGAGAAAUAUGCAGGCAAUUUUGUACAUUGCAUUGCAUAUUCAGGGGCCCAUUGGUUUCUUUUAAGAAAGUUUCAACAUGCAAGUUGACAAAAUAAAUGAGACCGCAGCUCCCCUCACAUAGCAUCUAGUAAGGGGUGCAAUAUGGCCCCAAAACGUCCCAAUAUUACGACCCAGAUGGAGCUGAUAUGGCUUAUGUGUCAACUUAAAAUAUCUACUGAUUUCUCGAUAAGUGUCUCCUCGUUGAGCUAUUUGUACUGAUACUGAUACUUUACGAGUUGAAAUCAGUUCAUCACUUUUUACCCGUGCAUGCUGGUAUUUUUGGAAUAUAUAAAUAAAGUUGACAUCUAUCUUAA